AUGCUCCUCACGCUCCCCACCACACUCCUCCCCCUCCUCCUCACCCUCAACCCAACCCACGCCUACAAACCGCUCUCAGACGCCUUCCUCCGCGCCCUCCCCUCCCCCAACACCACCCUCUCCGCAAAGAACAGCGCCCUCCUCUCCCCCCUCCUGAUCCCGCGCGUCCCCGGUACCCCAGGCCAAACCCUCGCCCAAAACCACCUCUACGCCUACUUCACAAAAGAACUACCAGCCUGGAACCUAACCUGGCAAAACAGCACCUCCGUGACCCCCACAUCCAAGUUGCCCCUCCCCUUCGCGAAUCUAAUCGCGCGGAGAGAACCACCUUGGGUUGCGCCGGGACAAGCGAACUUGCUCACGCUUGUUGCGCAUUAUGACAGUAAAUUGCAUCCAGAUGGGUUUAUCGGGGCGACGGAUAGUGCGGCGCCGUGUGCGAUGUUGAUGUAUGUGGCCAGCGUGUUGGAUCCGCAUAUAACGCGGAUGUACGAGGAGAUGAGUGCGUUGGGGGAGGGCGGGGACGUGGAUAUGGAUAUGGGUAUCCAGAUUGUGUUUUUGGACGGCGAGGAGGCGUUUGAGAACUGGAGUGAUAGUGAUUCACUGUAUGGGGCGAGGGCUCUAGCAACCCACUGGUCCACGACCUUCAACCCCCCGUCCCCCGCCUCAAAAUUCUACCAAAACCGCACGCCCCUCUCGCAAAUCAGUCUGUUCCUCCUCCUCGACUUGCUCGGCUCCGCAGACCCGCUCGUUCCGUCCUACUUUCCCACCACACAUUGGGCCUACGUACACCUCUCCACCAUCGAGUCCCGACUGCGCAGUUUGAACCUGCUGGAAUCCACGCCAUCCACACCCUUCUUGCCAGAUGUAAAUGGGACAAUGGGGCAUGGAGGCAUAUCAGACGACCAUUUGCCGUUUAUGGCAAAGGGCGUGGAGAUAUUGCAUUCCGUUUCCGGGGGUUUGGCACACGAUGGAGGAUGA